CCGGCCUACGCGACUGGAGGAAGUUUUACCUCAGUCGCAAACUGCGCCCGGCUGACAGCUGGCAGGGAGCGGAGGGACAGGAUGAGUGCCGGCUCGGACCCCGUGGUCAUCGUCUCUGCGGCGCGGACCGCCAUAGGCUCCUUCAAUGGCGCCCUGUCUACUGUGCCUGUCCACGACCUGGGGACAGCUGUCAUCAAAGAAGUCCUGCAGAGGGCCAAGGUGGCUCCAGAAGAGGUGUCCGAGGUCAUAUUUGGGCACGUUUUGGCGGCAGGUUGUGGGCAGAAUCCCACUCGACAAGCCAGUGUGGGUGCAGGAAUCCCCUACUCGGUUCCAGCAUGGAGCUGCCAGAUGAUCUGUGGCUCAGGCCUGAAAGCCGUGUGCCUUGCGGCCCAGUCCAUAGCCAUAGGUGACUCCAGCAUUGUGGUUGCAGGAGGCAUGGAGAACAUGAGCAAGGCCCCUCACUUGGCUCACCUGAGAGCAGGAGUCAAGAUGGGUGAGAUGCCGCUGGCUGACAGCAUCCUCUGUGAUGGCCUUACAGAUGCGUUUCACAACUAUCACAUGGGCAUCACAGCUGAAAAUGUAGCCAAAAAAUGGCAAGUGAGCAGAGAAGCCCAGGACAAGGUUGCAGUUCUGUCCCAGAACAGGGCAGAGCAUGCACAGAAAGCUGGCCACUUUGACAAGGAGAUCGUGCCAGUGCUGGUGUCUUCCAGGAAAGGUUCUACUGAAAUGAAAAUUGAUGAGUUUCCUCGCCAUGGGAGUAACAUGGAAGCCAUGGGCAAGCUGAAACCUUACUUCCUUUCUGAUGGGACGGGAACAGUUACCCCAGCUAAUGCAUCAGGGAUGAAUGACGGUGCCGCGGCUGUGGUUCUUAUGAAGAAGACAGAAGCCGAGAGUCGAAGGCUGAGACCUUUAGCAAGAAUAGUUUCCUGGUCACAAGCUGGCGUGGAGCCCUCCAUUAUGGGAGCAGGACCAAUUCCAGCCAUAAAGCAAGCUGUUAUGAAAGCAGGCUGGUCCCUGGAGGAGGUCGAUCUAUUUGAAAUUAAUGAAGCCUUUGCAGCAGUGUCUGUUGCAAUAGCUAAGGAACUUGGAUUAAACCCAGAGAAGGUCAACAUCGAUGGAGGAGCCAUUGCCUUGGGCCAUCCUCUGGGAGCAUCCGGCUGUAGGAUUUUAGUGACCUUGUUACACAGCCUUGAGAGAAUGGGCGGGACUCGUGGUGUGGCAGCCCUGUGCAUUGGGGGUGGGAUGGGAAUAGCAAUGUGUGUUCAGAGAGGAUGACCUGCCUGACAGCCACCACCCCUGAACACUUCUUGCUAAAUCAGUGAAACACUAUAGUAUGUGAAAUCAGAGGACCAAAGUGAGGACAGGAAGCCAGGUGGUCAGCUUGCUGUACUUUAAUGAGACACCCAAGGCUAAGACAUUGUGUCUGACACUGCUAUAAAUAAAAGGGAAAUCCAAUCAAUCAGUCAUCAAGGGCUCCAGAGUGAACGGCGUUUUCAUAACUUCCAUGUUUAUCAUCUUUGUUUUCUGGGUAUAAUUUUAUCAGAUCAUCGAUUUUUUUGUUUGUUUGUUUUAUUUUGUUUUUGAGACAGGUUUCACCAUGUAGCCUUGAAAUUGUUUUGUAGACCAGGCUGACUUUGAACUCCCAGAGAGCUACCUGCCUCCUCCUUCUGAGUACUGGAAUUAAAAAGGUGUGUGUCAUCAUGCCUGGACCCCAAAAUGACCCAUUCAAAGGAUGGUGAUUGGGGCUUCUGUUGCAGACUUCAGGCUCUUCACUUUAACUGUGGUUGGUUCAAAAAAAAAAAAAAAAAAAAAAAAAAAAAAAAAAAAAAAAAACCCUGCUUGCUUGUUGUCUUGUGGUUUCCCAUUGAUCAAAUCAAGACCAAUCCUGUAAUGGUGAAAAUUCAGUGACCUCUUCCAAGCUGAAGUGGUGUGUUCCAGCUGUUCUGGCCCACAAGACUGGGUUUCAAACAAGUGUAUCUCUGGGAGUAGAAAAGUGAGCAGCAGGCAGUUUUGAUGUAUUUUACUUCUCUGCUCUUGACUGGGUAAGAUGUUAUCUGCUUCAAAUGUCUGUCUUGCCUUCCAGAAUGAUGGGCUGCGGCCUGGAAUUGUGAGCCAAAUAAACUCCUUCCUCCCUUGUGUUGCUCUUUGUCAGUUUUGUCAUGACAGCAGAAAUAAAGCUAGAACGUAAGGAUGUAUUAAUGACAGCUCGAACAGAAAAGCCAUGCUUUACAGUAUGUAACUGAGAGGUACAACCAAGGAUAUCUGAAGCAAAAUAUGGGUUUGGGGCAGGUUGGGCAGACAGCAUUCAUUUAUUAUGGAUAUUACUAACAAGCCUCUGUGUUCCUCAGAUGAACCUGCCAGGAGGUAGCAACACGCACUGUGACAGUCAUAAGCAGACUGUAAUAGAGCAAUGUGUCA